ACGGGCGACCUCACAGUCGAGUGCGAGACGUCGCGCAAGUAACAUCGUGUUCCAUGUCGCGUCCUCUUUCCUCAACGAAUUUUCGUUCGAUUUUUCAACGAUCCUCCUUCGAAAUUAUUAUUACUGCGCGAUUUCGAUACUCCUUAAACGUUCCGAGAACGACCGAAAAAUAUGUAACAGAUAAACGAACAGCUAAUUUGUUUACGCGGGAAUUUUCAGAUAACGGGGUCGAACUGCAAACACGUUUGUGUUCGGUAUAUUAGACCUUUCGGGCCCUAAGGACGAAUAUUUACAUAAAAGCGACGGCCCGGCCGAUACGGAAAACUGGGAAAUAUUUUCGAACAGUCUUCUUUCAAAUAGCGAAGAAGCGCGUGGGUAGACCUACCGCAACAAGUCUUUCGAUAGCGUCGUUGCUGUUUUCCUUUCCCUCCUGCGAGUAUUAUCCUUUUCUGUUUCGUUAUACGUUAGACAUUAAUCGUUCCGUUAUAUGGUAAAAGAGAGCAGCCAAAUAUCAUAUUUAGUGCAAAGUGUACGGACAAAAGUUUUGGUCAGCGUUCACGGCCAACCUGUUAGUCAUGUGGGAACGGUAAAAACCGUUCAGGCAGGAACUCUGGAAGAGCAGUUUCUCGGAAACGGUCGUCAGAAUAGUAAUAACGAUGUAGUGAAACCUGCUUCUCGUCGUUGCACAAGGAUACACGCGGUGUUUCAACGAUCGUCCCUUUGAUCGUUCGUGCGUUGUGAUGUCUGUCGAUUUUGCUAACGGUGCGUCCUUACGUGUGCAUGCAAAAUGAUAUCCUGCUCGAAAAUAUGUUUUCGCGAUUUUUUCAUCGCAACGUUCUGAGAUCAUUGGAAGAAAAGAGAAGGAAAAAGAGAAGAAAUUUCUAAGGCGAUAGAGACCUGCCUGAUAGAGUUGUUUGUUUGCGGGGAUCAUGCAGCAAUUUUGCAACGUUCCCGGAGGAUGGAGCGACGGAAAGACAGGCAUGAGUGCGUUUCUGAUGAAGGGGCUCCUAAUGCUCGGCUUCGUCGUAGCGACCAUGCGGGAGACAAUGGUUCUUGGAUUUUCCGGGCCGACGCUAGUCAUGGAUCAGGACAUCCCUUCGAGGAUUUGCAAGUACAGCAGGGGGUACUCGAUGAUCCAAGUUCAUUGCAAGAAUUUAGGCCUCGAAUGGAUUCCUCCGAAUUUGAAGACGGAAAUUCAGGUGCUGGACGCGUCGGUGAACAGAGUGCGAGUGUUGACGAACGACAGUCUGGCGGCGUACACGAAUCUCGCCUACGUUUAUCUGAGCGACAAUUUCAUCCAGGAGAUCCAGGAGGGAGCAUUCGAUAAUCUGCGAUACCUGAGGGUGAUCGAUCUGUCGACAAACGGUUGCGAUACCCUUCCCAAGAGUCUCUUCCAGUUACCGUAUCUCCAAAAGAUUUAUCUAGCCAAAAAUAGACUGAGCGACGACCUAUUCAAAAACACGCAAGUGAAGUCUCCGUUGAUCUUCUUGCAGCUAGCGAAGAACAGGCUUAACAAGAUACCACAGCUGGGUCCGCUCCCCACGCUGUUGCACCUGAACGUCUCGGGCAACAGCAUCGCCUCUGUUUCUCCGGAGGAUCUGGCUUCCUUCUGCUCUUUACAGAUCCUUGACUUAUCUAAAAAUCCGAUCAAAUUCGACGCGAAUAGCUGCGAGUGCCAGACGUUGAACGCGUGGCUGCGCAUCCGCGGAAUUCAUUCGCGACCGGUCUACAAUUGCAGCGAAGAGCACGAAAGGGGAUGCACGAAACCGGAGUUCAGCAAUAGAACCACGGAACUGUACGAGCAGUGCUCGGAAAUACAGCGGUUGAAAGCGGAGACGGAAAAGGCCAGGAACACGUGGAUAUUGAUCGCCUGUUGCAUCUCUGGCUUCCUCUUCUGUCUGUUCAUUAGCUUGUUUUGGGUGCACAAGAGAAACAAGCGGAAGAAGAAGAAGCUGAAGGAAGAGCAGAGGCUAAACGCAAACAACGCAAAUACCGAGUUACUCAACAGUAAUUUAAACCAACCGGAAAACACUUGAAACCUGGCCCCAUAGCGUCCAGCAGUUGUCAAGCAGAGGUACCUACGAUCGAUUCGAUUCUAUGUUCGAUCGACGAAAAACGAACAAAGUGAGAAACAGGAAGACGAGAAGCAGAUGUCAGUUCGUCUGACCCUUGAAACAAAGAAAAAGACAUAUGUCGAAACCAUUUUUUUUUUUCUUUUUUUUAUCUUUUUAGAUGUACGCUGAUAUGUAUAAGGUGUUACGUGAGACCUUGAUCUUUCAUGAAUAUGAGAGUAUCCCGUAACAAGUGUGAUCUAAUAAAAAACGAAAGCGAUGGCGAAAAAUGUAGUAGAUAGAAAAUGCGGAAGAUAUCACUUUUGCGAGGCUUCGCGUUCAAGGAAACCGAUACGAAAACUUGCUUGCAAACGUAUGUCGAUUCGCGAACCUGCAGAAGGAUUAAAACGGAUGUUGCCCCUGCUCGUAUUCGCACAGGAUAACCUUGCGAUAAGUUAUACUAUGGGAAUAUUAGGUUGCAGAAAUUCGAUCGAACGCAUCGUGUAUUCGCCUGCGAAUUUCUAGUAUCGAGUUUCCUGAAAUCCGAAGGCCUCGUUUCUAUGAGUUUCAUUCGGAAUUUGCGAGAUCGAUUUGCGAUCGGUUCGAAACACCGAAGACGCCCCCAUCGAAAGAUUUCGAAUAUCGGACGGAGCAAGGGUAGAAUUAUUCAGUGGCACCCAAGUACUUACCAAUGUUCUUGCGAUCAUAGAAAUGCGUUAAGUCGUGAAAUUAAAGCGUAACAAGUUUACAAGGACAAGGAAUUCGGGUGAAAGAGCAAAAUACAAUCGCGAUUACGCACGCAAAUAUUCCUACGCAAAAUAAAUAACCGUGCGAUUUUGGAUUAUGAUUCUAGUUUAUGAUUAUAAUUAUCGUUAAUCUAUGAAUUUAAUCGAAAACCGAUAUCACGAAUUUCCGUCGUUUGUCCUGCUUCUACUACCUAACGCUAAACAACGACUCUGAUCGUCGUACGCGAUAUCAAAAUUUCGAUAUACAUACAUACGUGUUAUUAUUAUCACCUAGUUGAAGCUAAUGAAUGUUAUACAAUCAUAAAUCUGAUACGUAAGUUUUUGGAAAUGAGAUUCGUAAAGUUCGAUAGAAGAUGUGUUUUCAAUUCAGACGCUUAAUUGACGCCUUGAUGAUAUAUAUACUAUGUAUACGAUGUAAUUCUCAUCACACGCGUCUUUUAAACGGACUUCGUUUCGUCGCUUGAGAACGUAAUGUCGCUGUGAACACACAGACACACGAUAUAUACUUGUAUACAAUCUUAUAUACAUACUUAUAUUGUAUGCACGAGCAAAUACAUACAUACAUAUGUAUGUAUGUAUGUAUAGUCAUGUUAAAUACUGCGUUUAUUGAUAUUUAACGAAAAAAAUAUUUUCUAUUAUUUUUACGUUCGAGUUUUCAAAAGUAUUUAUACCUUUUUUAACCUCAAAUAUAUUCGCUAUAGUCGAAAAUUUAAAUUUAAUAUAAUUUUAUGCUUUUUACAAAAAGUGCCAAAUGUCGUCAAUGCAUUGUGUAUAAAUUUCCUAGUUUCAAGUACGGCCUACAAAGGAAAAAAGUAAAUGAUAAAAAUGCUAUGUUACGUCCAGCUCUCUGAUACUAACUCUUCGUAUUUGUACAAUUUCCUUAGUUAUUCUUUUUAACCGCAUAAAAUAGACCUGAACAAUUACCUGAACAAAGUUGUUGAACGUUUCGAGGAUUAGUAACAACGACGAAGAGACGAAGAGACGAAGAACUGUGAAUUGCGAAAAAUCCGAGUUGAUAGUAUAAGAUCAAAUUUUGAACUAACAAUAAGCAAGACACGAAGCUACAAGCUGCCAAUCGAUAAAUAUCCUUUCUAUAUGUAUGCGUUAAGUAUUUAAACUUAAACUAUACUUGUAAUACAUUUCUAUUGAAUUUUCUUUUACUUUCAAUACGUACGAUGAUAUAUUGUACAAAAGUGUUACCGACAGUUCGAUAAAUUACAUGAAAUAAAACUUAACUCCAGUCGACCAUUGUUUUACCAGAAAACCUGAAAUUAUUUCAUUGAGAAAUUUUAGUUUUGCCUUUUGUUCGCGUCAAUGAACAUUUUAAAAGAUAAUGUAUCGACGAAAUCUCUUUCUUGUCAUUUAAUUUAUCGAUAACAAGAACGUUGGGUAAUUAAAUAGUCAUUUAAUUAUAUAAAGUUUGUAAGUUAAUUCUUAAAUUAGAAUCCUUCUGUUAGAUGACUGCGGGUUUCAUUCGGUGCAAUGAAAAUUUUGAAUAGGAGUUGAAACUAACUUCUUUUAUUAUCGUUCGUUUAAUGUUAUUUAGUUAAUUUGAUAUAGUUAUCGACCUGCUGCUUGAUUAUCUUGAUGAAAAUGUUUUUAUUCAUUUCUUACAUCAAAGAUGUGCUGCGUUGAUAAGCAGAUCCCUCUUUUCAUUAGUCUGUCAAGAGAUGCCGUCCUGAUCGUCAUUGCGAAGUAAUACGGAUAUAAAAAAAGAAAGAUAGAAAUGUGUAGAUAUACGCAAAGAUAACUACGGGGCGAUAUCACGUAUUAGUUUAAGGUUAACCAAUAACUCAUGCGAGCGCAGGCGAGUAAAGCACAGUCAAGUAACGGCCUUCUACAUAAGUGGAUGUUGCUAGUCAUCCAACGAAUUGUUGUGCAAGUGAAAAGUAAUGGGACAUUCGCAUGCUGCAAAAUAGAUACGUCUAUCUUCUUUGAUCGUAAGUCGCGCGAAACACUGACUAAACAUUUGUUUGUGUUUUCCAUCAUUUACAUUUUAUAAUAUUUCUCGCUUCUAUCUGCCAGCAACAUGCAUCAAACCUAUCGUUUUGGGUUAUCUUGAAAAAGCGUGAUGAUGAUAUGACAGUUCAUUUAUCAGACGUGAUUCUAACAAUCGAUGAAUCAUGUAAUGUUAUUAAAGAUGUUAAUCAAACUGUAGCGCACACUGCCGAAAAUUUGUAAAUUCUAGUUUCUAUUACAUAUGUUAAACUCGAUUUGUCAACGCCUCGCCAAUCAGAUUUCUUCGAAUAGUUUUACAAGAUGUAACCGCGUGUAGAUUAAAUCGGACGAGUAAAGUCCAAUUUGAUAUAUAACCAGUAAUUUAAUCAAUGUUCUUUGAAGCAUUAUUUUAAGAAAGCAAUCCCAUAUUAUAUAAGGAGAUUAAACCAAAGCAUUCUGUAAAAGUAUUAAGAACAUUUAAGCGUACAAUUAUUAAAUGUUCUGCUUUAACAUUUCGUAUUUAGUUAGUACAAUCGUUUUGUAUAGUUGCUAUUAAAUAGAACUGUUAAAAGUUUUUACAUAUAAGAGAAGAUAUCAAUUUCCUAUUAAAACCUAUGUUAAAAAUAGAACAUGUGUCGAAUCGGGAGCAAUAAUAUCUAUUAAUAUGUACUAACGCCAAUUAGAAAUCUGAUAAAACCCUACCGAUACUUAAAGAUAUAUUUUAUAUUGUUAGAUUUAGUUUGUUAACUUAUCAUUUUGUAUAUCACUUAUCAGAACAAGUACUUACAUAGUAUAUGUCUACUCUACUUAUUUAUUUAUCUUUCAUUUGUAUAUAUUUGUAGUGAAAUAAUAAAGUUAUAAUAGCGUAGUACAUUAA